AUGAAGCGUGUGAACAGCUGCGGCAUUGGCACGGUGCAGCUCUGGACCAUGACGGUUCUGAGUGCGUCUGUGUACUUCGAUCGAAAAACCGUCGAUGUUGACAAGCGUUCAGUUGACCGUUUCAGGUCGCAAAAGUACGGUUUCAAUGACAAUCCACAUGUGCGUUGCUCCAACUGCGGUACAAGAACACGUCUCACCACCAGACCCGUUACAGGGGUCGAUUUUUUAAGCGUGCCUGGCCUGUACGACGACUCGCUAGCCGUCACUCGGUUCGGCAAGGUAUGA